AGUAUUGGCCUGUAUAAUAACAGUUAAUGUAAAUAGAUUUAUUUUAUAAUUUUAUUAUAAAUUGUUUACAUUAAUAAAAUUAAUUAUAUCAUACUAAUAACUAAGCUUGUAUACAAUUAUUUGUAAUGGUACAUAUUUUAAAGAACUAGAAGAAUACAUGAAAAACCAAAAUUUUGAACCUAUUUUUUAUUAUUAAUUUCACCACUGGAGUCAACUGUAUUGAUAAUGGAUUUUUAAAAUAUAAUUGGAUGUAAUAUCAUAAGUCAUUGUAAAUGUAUUGCAGAUUUGUGUAUCAGCCUGUUCAGUCAUUACGCUUUGGUUGUUUAGGACUGUUCCAAACUAGUUCUCAGCUAGUACUAUUAAUAUCCAAAGGUUAGUCAAAUUUUAAACAAUGUUAGUCGAUAUUGGCUAUGCGUCAGAAAUUCGUCUUGAGACUCUGACAGAUUGAUUAUCGUUGUUGACGAAGUGUCCACUGUUGAUCAUUAAUUGAUCAUUCUAAUAAUUGCACUCAAUUUCAAUACAAAUUGUAUUACAGAUUAUUCAACAAUCCAAACAACCAUCAAGAAUAAGUUAAAGCUACGUUGCCUGUGCUACAUUCAUAGAACAUUCAUUUUUGUUUGAGAUGGACGCAGAGUUUGUGGUCAAGGAUACGUGUGGUUAUGAUUCAAAUGAUGAGGUAAACUCAUCUACUAGACGAAGUGUUGAAAUGGACUUGGUAGCUUAUGAUUCAUCUCCUCGUUCAAAUGGAUCUAAUCAUAGCAUCAACAAUGAACAAAGUGUAGACACUUCAAAUAAUAAAACUAAUUGGUAUAAAUCUGUAGAUUCAUUUCUGGAUACUGAAAAAAGUAGAGAAAGAGGCAGAAGUCGAGAUCAUAGUCAAAAAAGUAAACAUGAUAAAAGUUCGAGUAGACACGGUAGUAGGAGACGUAGCAAACAUAAAAAACACCAUAGGUCAAGAUCAAGGAGUAGGUCUAGAUCUAGGUCUAGAUCACAAAAACGGAGAAGUAGAUAUUCUCCUGGUGAUCGUGACUCUCAAACAAGUCAAUAUAGUAGUGAUGAAGAACGUCGAAAACGUCGUUCAAGAAGCCUUGAAGGUUCUGAUGGGCCAAGAGUUAGAAACAUAUAUUCAGAUUCAGCUACUACUAGUACUCGACGUCACUAUAAUACUGUAGACACAAGAAGAAAUCAAGAUGGAUCACAAGAAUAUUAUCGUGAAGAAGAUUUUGAUAGAUACACGUUUAAAAAACAAAUUCCGAAUAAAACUAUUAUUGUUCGUGGUUUAGCUCCUCAUAUAUCAGAAAUUGAUAUAAGAAAAGAAAUAUUAAAAUGUGGUCUUACACCUGUUGAUAUACGUCUAAUUAGAAAAAAAGAUACUGGGUCAUCUCGUGGGUUUGCAUUUGUAGAAUUUUUUACAAAAGCUGAAGCUGAAACACUAAUGGAAAGUAAACAGGGUGAAAUGAUGUUGAGAGAUAAUUUUAGGGCAAUUAUGCAGUAUACUAUUUCUACAAUUGACCCUGAAAAAAUGUUAUCUGAUUGGUGGUGUAAAUGCAAUGCUCAUAAUUUUAAGCGCAGAGAAAGCUGCUUUGUGUGUGGAGCUUCAAGAGAAGUGGGAGAAAUAUUUGAUCACACUAAAGAAGUUAGUUCUUAUCCUACGCAUACAGUUUUACUUCGAGGACUAGAAUUGUUUACAACUGAAGAAAAUGUUCUUAAAGCUAUACAGCCACUAUCAACACUGCCUAUUCGAAGUGUUAGAAUCGGUCGAAAUCCAUUGACAAAUGUCUCUAAAGGUCUUUGUUACUUAGAAAUGAACAAUGUGGUUGAUGCUAUGUAUCUCCAUAAUGCAUUAAUUGUAGAAGAUCCAUUGCUUAUUGACGGAAAAGAAGUUCUUGUGUCAUAUUGUAAACUUGGACCAGUCGGACCAAUAGCUACUGCUUCAAUGGGUAAUGCUGCAGUUGAAGCAGCUAAAUGGAGCAAUCAGAAACCAGAAACUCCAAACUAUACUAUUGCUGAUGUACCUAGGCUUGCAGAAUUUAGUGCAAAUAUUUAUGCAAAAACUCCUGUUGAACGAACUUCAUAUGUACAAUAUUACACUAAUUUUUACACUGAAAAAAUACAAAAAGGAGAGACUAUUAGUAUGCCUUCUAUACCAUCCGUACAACCUAUUUCGGCUGCUUAUGCACCUGUUGGGACCGUUGUUAUGUCACAAGCUGUUCCAGCUUUUCCAUUACCUAUUACUAAUAAGGUUGAUCCUUUAAGUCAACCUCCAUCUGGGAAAGGAGAUACCACAUACUCUCCACCUGAUUUAUCUACUUAUCAAUAUGACAAAGGAUCUGGUUAUUAUUAUGACCCAUACACAAAGCUCUAUUACGAUGCAAACUCACAGUAUUAUUUUAACAGUUUUACAAAUAGUUUUCUUUAUUGGGAUGCUACAAAACAAACUUAUUUAUCAGCACCUUCAAAUGAAAAUUCAAAUUCUGAUGGAAGUAAUAUCAAUAACGAAUCUAAAAAAGAAGAGACUCCAGUAGAAGAAAAAAAAGAUGAUGACAAAGUAAAAGUAGCAAAACGUAUUGCCAAAGAUAUGGAAAAGUGGGCAAAAACAUUAAAUCAAAAGAAAAUUUCUGCUAAACACAAUUUAGUAGCAGCUCAAGUUGCAAUGCAAACUGCUAAAACUCAAGCUGCAGCAGAUAUUGGGUAUUCUGUGAUGGGUACUAAAACAGAACCUAAAAAACAGCAAUUACCAGUUGCUUCCACAUCUGAUGACACUAGUUACAAUGAUGAAAUUAUGGAAGAAGCUAAUCGAAGCGAAGAUGAACAACAUACUGAUUGGAUAAAACUUGCUUGUCUAUUAUGUAAACGACAAUUUAGUAGCAAAGAAAUACUAAUAAAACAUCAACAAAUGUCUGACUUACAUAAACAAAAUAUUAGAAAUUGGUACAACGAGAGAGGAUUAGAUCCAGAUGAUGAAUCAAAACGGGUUAUUCAGUAUAGGGAUAGAGCAAAAGAAAGAAGGAUGAAAUAUAAUGAGCCUGAUAAACCUUUAAAUAACCUAAAAGACAAGUACAUGAAAGCUAAAGAAGCUACCGUGGAUUAUGAACAACCAACUAAAUUGGGUAUUGGAUCAGACAACAAAGGUAAUAAAUUACUACAGAAAAUGGGUUGGCAAGAAGGAAUGGGACUAGGUAAAAGUAAUCAAGGACGAACAACUAUAAUAGAAGCUGAAGGUAGAUUAGCAAAUGCUGGAUUAGGUACUAGGGCUGUUGGUGUGGUUCCAGGCCCUCGUGAAACAUACAAAGAUUGUGUGAAGAAAAUGAUGCGUUAUAGAUAUAAUGAAUCAGAGUAAUUUAACAGGUAAAGAUUGAAAUUAUUUAUUAUGUAGCGUUUUUUCCACAGGAAAAAGUUAUUUUAAUAUGUGAUGUAUUAACCUGAUAUUUUAUUUUUCUUCAAAAAUAAUAAAUAGAAAUAAUUUAAUAUAUGACAUUAUCUUAAGGAAAUAAUCCAACAUAUAUUAAAUAAAAUACAUUAGAAGGCAUUACAUUUUUAAUCUUGUUUAAUACAUGUUUAAAAUUGUAUUAUUGCAUUUGAAAGACAUUAAUGUUAUUUUAGUGACAAAAAAUUGUAUAUAUUGUAAUAUUAAUUAAAAUCUUUGAUACAUGAAAUAGUUUUUAAAUACAUCCACGUGUAAAUGUAGUGUACCUAAUUAGUUUUAUCCGAAUUUGACAAAAUAAUAGUAAUCAUAAUAAAACAAUUAUAGUCCUGUUACAUUUUAAUAUAAAUUGUAGAGCUAUGGUAGCUCUAAAGUAAAUUUUCCUUUUUAUUAUUUUUUUUCUAACCAAAGGUUUAAAUAUUUACAAACUUAUUUAUAAGCAAUGUAGUGUAGUUCAUAUAAUAUGUAAAUUGAGUACUCAAAUUUAUUUUUUUUUAAUUUACUUCAAGAAGUAAUUAUUAUUUAAAUUUUUUAUAAAAUGUCCAUUUUACGUUUUUAUCAAAAUGUGUGUACAUUCUAUUGUGUCAUACACAAAUUGGCACGUAUUAUAUAUAAUGUAAAAAAAAAAAACUGAAAUUAACAUAAUUAGUUCUAAUGGUUAAAAAUCGUAUGUAUUAUAAUAUAUAUAUAUAUAUAGUUUUACAUAUAUUUAAUUCAAAAAUAUGUAGAAAAUACGUUAUAUUCCACAGACCUUUUUGAUUUAUCCUUCUACGUAAACUUAUUACUUAAUUGUUAUUAUUUAUUUGUUAAAUACUUAAAUACUUGUAUAAACUAUAAAACGCAUAUAUUUUAUAUAAUAACUUCUAUUAUACUAAGUUUUAUGUCUGUUUUUUUGAACAAAUGUCACUCGUUCGGUUCAUAUUACUAUAUAUUUUGUACAUCUGAGUAGAUAAAUAUUACGCUUAAAACAGCUUUAAAUUUAUAAAUAUAGGUUUAUUAAAACCCUUUACAUUUUAAAAUUUGUACAUUUCAUUAUAUUGUAGUUCAUAAAUAAAUAGGAUUUUUGUUUUUAGAGUAUUGACUUCAGACCUGCUAAUGAUCUUAUUAUACCAUUUAUUUCUUGACAAUUUAAAAAAUAAAUGUUAUGAAUUAUUUUUAUUUUUAAAUUGUUGUUCUUUGUUGAAAAAAUUUUUUUAUCCCUUUAAUUUGCUCAUAAUAUAGACUAUCUAGGUACAGCACCAUAGUUUAAUAUGUUUUUAAAGUGUGUUAAUGUUAUGUGACAUGCUAAUAUUUAAAAAAUAAAUAGUUUCGUGAUUUUAUUUAGGCGGUACUUAAUUUAGGUGCACUUUUAAUAUUAAGAAAAUAUGUCUGUUUAUUAGGUACUUUAUUCAUGUAUAUCAGAAAACAUGUCCACUUCUUCUGUUUUGAUUAGGUCAAAAUGAAAAGGCACGUAGGUAUAGGUUACCUUUUUAAUAAUUUAAAUUUACAGUAGUCGUAUUUUGAUUUUUGUAGAAUAUACAAAUUUAGCAACCUUAUCAACUCACUGUCUAAAUAUUACCCUCAAACAUGUAUACCUAUAUAUACAUUUAAAUAAAUAGAUUAUAAAUAAUAAACUAUUUAUUUUAAUAUCAUAAAUCCAUUAGUAUUUAAGUGUUUUAAACGGAUUAAACUUUCUAGUAGAGAAACUUAAGCCUUCCAAGUCACCCACCAUGAUAGUUUAAAAAUAAGUACUAGGUCUAUCAAAAUGCAAUUGGCGAAAGGAGCUCGUUUUAUUUAAUAAUUUUUCUAAUAAAGUUUUGGGGGGGGGGGAUUAACUAAACAAUCAAAUUUUGGAACAUUUUAGGUGUUUCGUUCAAAUUAUCAAAUUCUGAUAUCAAAAUAUCAAAAAAGAUAGCUAAAAAGAAAGAUGCUGGUUUAGGAACUUACUGUAGUCUGUAGUUGUAACCAGUGUUGGUACCUUACAGGUAAAUUCUUUGUAUAUGUUGUAAUUAUUUUUUUAAUAAUAUAAUCAAAAAUUACUCGGGAGCAGAUAUUUAAUAUUAUAUUUGUUUGCUAAAGUUGUGGCAUUUGUUUACUAAUUGCAUGUAAUAAUUAUUGCGCAACCGUGUUAACAACUGCAUUAUAAAUUAUACUGUCAAUUUUUAUUACAUUAAAAGAAUUUUAAUAAAUAUUUUUUACAUCUGUGAUUAUAUAGUUUUAUUAUUUUCGUACAGUUAAAAAAAUAAUGUUAUUAAUGUAAUAUAAUAUAACACAUUAAUAAAUUAAAUAAAAAAACUAAAAAUUAAUAAAUAAAACAAAGAUAUUUUAUCGCCACAACCACAGUGAACUAAAAAAACACUUCAUCUCAUGAUGUAUUGACCGAUGCGAAUAAUAACAAAUACAUAUUAAAUACUUAUUCUCAUUAAACCUCGGGUUUUUGCACACUGUACCUAGUGUACCUAUAUUAUAAUUUACAAAAAAAAGGUAAGUGCUUGUUUUUCAAAAUAGAUUCACUAGUAAAUAUAUCGAAUUUUAAUUCUUGGUUUACCCAAUACCCACCAAUCUUAAGUAUUUAUAUUUGUUUUGCAACUUUCGUUAUUAAGCUAGGACAGUGGUCGGCAACCUUUUCGGACUCCCGGGCCACAUUCAUAAAUUAAUAAGAGUUCGCGGGCCAGACAAAAAUAAAAAUGUUAUAUUCCAAAUUAUUUAUCAAAAAAAAAAAUUUAAAGCGGGUCGUAUACAAUAGACACGCGGGCCGCCGGUUGCCGACCACUGAGCUAGGACAUUAAAAAAAAUUCUUUUAAUUACAAACUCUUUCGGCCUGGGUAAUAAUUAUUAGUUUUUGGCCUUUGCUAUUUAUGCUGUCGCUGUUUUUCAACAAAGUUCGUCAUUUCUGUCCGACUGAAUCAGCUAUAAAAAUUCAAUGACGAAAAUACAAAAAACCGAACUAGGUAUAGGUAGUACGUUAUUUUUUUUUUCGAUGUUAACGAUCCGUCGACCAUGUGUGAACCGCACCAAGCGCGACCGCGCUCGCGAAAUAUUGAAUUUGGCCGAGUCGUUGAGGGGACGAAGAACAACUAGUACCCCGUGUCCGGGUAAUCAAUCAAAACGAAAAACGGGUAGAGGAAAAAAAUAUAUCCGAAAUAAUACCCGUUUUGUCCGACGACGAUACCACCGCAGCCUUUUUUCGCGCUACGUCCAUCCAUCAUCAUAGUAUGUGGCGUGGUAAUACGUAUCAUUACGUGUAUAUACGCAUAUAAGACCGGCUGCCGCUGAUUCGUAUUCGGCCAACCGUUGUCACCGGACGCGUCCGAGAAAAACUUCUUCUGCGGUCGUCCUGCGCUUAUUUAUGCAUUCCUCUGCCCUGUCACCGUAUUAUAUAUUAUUAUUAUUGUGUACAAUUUGGUCGUUUUUAUAUCAACCAGGGUGGUAGUCGUCACAUGCAGUGACGCCCGUCCGUCUCGUAUUUUAUAUUAUAUAUAGGUAUACCAUGCCGUUUUCGAUGAAGGGGUUUGAAACUCUUUUGUCCGAAAUACUAGUUUGACGGGGUGGGUUUUUUCUUGUUUUAUCGCCUGGACGCAGCUUGCUCUGCCGCGUGUAAUGUAGCUGUCUGCUCUCAUCUUCUCUCGUCCGUCGUGUGUUCAUUAUAUUAUUAUAUUUAUAUGUUAUAUCGAUGUACACAAUAUCUACAUACUAUAUAUUAUAUAUGUGCUUAGGUCGGUUAGUCGCAACCCUUGCGUUGGUACCAUUGCGGAGACUGUCGUGUUUCUCUAGUUACUUACCUAUUAAUUGUUACAUCGAGUAAUACCUACCUAUAAAUUUCGAUUUCGUAUGAUUUCUGAUUGAUUGGAACUAUAUUCUAGUUGUUUACAAAAUUUCGCGCAAAAUGCGGAAUAAUUUAACAGUAAUACUAAUGCAACCAUCCGCAAUCAAUGAGAUUCGGGAAAAACUCGAUUCUUAAACCGUUGUCAUCACGAUUUUUUAUUACUUAUCUUUUAAUGGUUUUUAGUUUUUAUUUUAUAAAUGUGUAAAUAAAUAAAUUUUAUAAAUUUAAGAGUACACAUUUCCAUCUCACGGGGUUAAAUGUAUUUUAAUAACAUGAAAUGCAAUAUAUGCAUAGAUAGUAAAUAUAAUAUAGUUACAGACGUACAGUUAUAUGGGUGCAUAAUAUGUAGAUACAUGAAAAAAUACUAAAAUAGUUCGCGAACGGUCUAGUGAUAUCUGUCCAGCGGGGCCGGUCGGACCAUCGUGUCCAUGAAAUCGUCGUAGUCGAUCAUUCCUGUACCGGCAUAGUCCAUGGUGGUCACCAUCUCCUGCACAUCUACGGCCGUCACCGCUCUCGGGUCGAAUUCGUUAAUCACGGCGCGCACGUGGUCGACCGUCACCUGGCCGGUGAACGUCGGAUCGCCGGCCGCCAGCAUGGCGCGGAACCGCCGGCGCCGAGCUCCGUCUUCGGCCCAACGGCGCGCCAUGGACGCCGUCCACUGGUUGCGAGUGAUGUAGCCGCGGCCUUUCGAAUCGUAUUCUUCCACCACGGUGAUGAUGUCAUCGUCGGUCGCGUCCACGCCGAGCGCGCGCAGCGCCUUGUACAGUUGCCUGACGUUCAUCCGGUCGCCGCCGUCGCUGAACAUUGCAAAAGCCGCGUGUGCCUCAGACAACAAUUCCACGGGUAGCCUGGGCCCGGGAGGCCCGUAAUCGACGUCAUCGUUCGAUGGUUCUGCCUCGGGCAGUUGUUCCUGCUGGUCGUCGUCAUCGUCGUCACCGUCACCAUUGUCGCGGUACUGUUCCGACGCAGUCGGCUGCCGUUCGGGCUCGGACAUGUCGGAUGAUAUAAAUUUAUGUAUUUCUUUUAAUGACUAUAGAUUUUUUCGUUUGAAUAUGCGAGUAUUUUUAUGAAAAUAUAUCAUAUAUGCGUAUGAUGUAUUACCUAAUAAUAAAUAUACAUGUACGAAUUACCUAAGUAACAAAAAUAAUAGUUUAACGUAGGUAUUUGCGCGGGUGAUUCUUGUAGUGUUAAAAAAAAAAAUCAAGUAGGUAAUCGUCUUAUUUGUUUAGUGAACAAAAGCCAAUAGGUGAGUGCGUUGAUAACUAUAUAAAGAAAACAGACACGUUUCGAAUAAUAAGGAAAUUGAGAAACUUGUCAAUUACAAUUGUCUUAUUAAAGACCACUUAUUUUUGGACCUCGUAGAAUGCUACACUGUAUAAUUGAUAUUAAGGGUACAAAAUCAAACUUUUAAGGCCGUUUAUAAUAGAUCUAUAAUAUAAUACUCAUGUUUAAAAAAUUUUUUCAGUACCCAUCUAGUAGGUACCUGUGUAUUAUAGCCGUCAGAUAUAGCGACUGUAGGUAUAUUAAUUUUUAAUCAUUUUACCACCAAUCAUCCAUAUACCUGUAUUAUUUUAUUAACAGGAUACGUAGGUAUGACUAGCGAAGUUGGCCGCGGUGAUGCGAUUUUUGAUGUGCUGCUUGCGUAAUGUGGUACGAAAAGGAGGGGAUAAAUUUAUGAGGAGAUGGUUUUGGUUGUGGUGGCAAGAGGGUUGGACCGCUUACGAUGAAAAUUGCAUGAGCUUUGCCUUUCACGCAAUGGCUCCUUGGGUUGUAUGAGUAUAGUGCGCGUAUAUUAACUUGGUAAUUAGCUCGGCGGGGGUGGACGGCGGCGGCUACUCGAUGAAUAAUAAUUUUUGAAUACAUACAUACAUAUUGGACGGGCGGCGACGGUGAUAGGGCGGGAGGAAGAGAGGAAACGGAAUAAUAAUACGCCGAAAAAAAGAAGAAAUUUAUAAAUAUAUUAUAUAGUAGACCUCCGCCGCGGUCGAGUUGCGGGUAAAUAACCGCCGCAGUCUGUGCCGAAGAACGCAGUAGCCAACACGCGCGUGACUUGCACGGUGGAGGCAAUGAUAAUAUACACGAGGCAUCCGUUGUCACCGACGUUGUGCAGCAUCUGCGUCCAAAGAUUCAUCAGAGACAUAUCUUACUCAAGUGUCUGCUCGCGAAAAUAAUAUACAAGAGUCACCAACGAAUAUAAUAUGAGACCACGAAGGAGGCGGCGGGGAGAAUAGGAAACGUGCGCAAGCGCUGCGAAAACCUCAACCGAUCAACGAAGACUUAUUGGUGUCUUUAUUUAUAUAUAUAUAUGUGGUGUGUGUGUUUGUGGAGAGGUUUGAGGUACACAGCGCAUCGUGCGGGAUAUAACAUCAUUACGAUAAUUGAUAGAGAGAACAUACUUUUUAAAGCAGUGAAAAAGCGCCCACCGGUUGUACCAUUUUUAUAAAUUGUAAAUUGAAAUCUGAAGAAUAAUCGUGCUCAAAAGAUGCAGUGUUUUGAAAAGUAAUCAAGCAUUUUCAACAAAUUAUUUUUUAUUUUAAACAAGUAUAUUUAUAAUCUGUAAUAUUUCUGUAUAGAUAAUAAGUUGAUUUGGUAGCUUAAUUUUAAAUAACAACUACCUAUAUUAAGACAUUUUUUAAAGAUGAAAUGAAAACUCUUUGAUCGAA